AUGGAGAAGACCGAACUUGAAGGAACAUAUUUAGUAACUGCUAACAGCAUCCUCUAUUUCACUGAUCACCAGUUUCAAGUCAUUCAUUUCAACAGUCCUAAAUGUGAAAGUGAUGCUCAACAACUACAUCGACGAAUGCCAGAAUUCCUUGAAGACAUUCGACGAUCCCAUGGUCCUUCUUAUCUUUUCAUUAAGCAGCGUAUUACUCCCUCUAUACUUGGUCAAAUGCUUAAAGAAGAUUUUUUCAAAUUAGACCAAGAAGCUCAAAAAGUCACCCAAAUUGAAUUAAAAGAAAUAGUAACGCUUACCCAUUUUGCAGAAGCUUUAUCUCAAGAGGAGGCAUAUGUUGCGAAUAGAAUUAUUAGUAAUUCCAUAUAA